AUGGCAAAUUUAGCUUCUGGAAACGCCCCCGCUUCCACACCAGUGAGUCGGCCGCAGACCUUCAUCAAGAGGAUUCCGACGGUGCUGGAUAGCAGCGACGAGGCGCGCACAGACACAUCUUCAUCUCCCUCUAUGAACCGGGCGCGCUCGCCCGGCUGUGACGCCAAGUGCUGCGAGGACAAAGUUGGUGCUGCUGCCAGUGCAAUAAACCCUUCUACUACCUUUUCUACUGGGAGACGACGAAAGACUGAAUCAACUGCGGCUCCUAGAGAUUUGGACAAGCCAGUGACCAAGCAGCGCAAGUACGAACGCAAGACAAAGCGCUUCAUCUGGCCCAACGACCUUCAUCGACUUUUCGUAGCUGCCAUCUUUGAUGUCGGCCUCAAAAAUGCGUCGCCAAAAGCUCUGCUUGCUCUAAUGGAGGCGGCAGGGCCCAACUCAGGGCUCACGACGGAGCACCUCAAAUCUCAUUUACAAAAAUAUCGCCUCCAUUACGAGCGCUCUCGGAUGGAGUUUCUUGAAUAUUAUGACCGCAGUGCUAAGCGCAAUCUCAAGCGGCGUCGCCGCCAGAACCAGCAUCGAGCUAGCGGGGCAGACAGCGAGGCCAAUACUAUGUUCGUGUUUCCAAUUAGUAACUCUAAGUGCCGGAGGGGGCAUGGGAGUGACAGUGACGAUAGCGACUCUGACGGCAGCGGGAACGAUCCCAAUGAUAGCAGCAUGCAGGUGGAUGCUAAAAGACAGGAUACUCCAAAGCGACGGCUAUGUCCUUCGGCACCAGGUGCGGAGACCCGCCCGCAUACUUCCAACUGCUCACAGUUCAUGCAGAGUGCACAACAGCCAACGAGCGGUCAUCUUCCAUUACAACCUUCUAUAUCAAAUGGUUGUGUGACGAGCGUGGCACCAGCACUAGCAUCCACAAGUUUGCUUCAUAUGGCACCCCACCACUUGCCACCAGUUUAUGCCCAUGCUCAACCAAAGCAGCCAUCGGGCCACCAUCGAGAUUUGGCGGCUGCAGCAGCCGCUAUGGUAGCACACCGCUAUCCAUUAGGACAUCUGUCGGGCCCCAUUGCUGGAGGAGUUGCUGGUAUGCCCGUUCUUCCGGAUCCGCAAUGGAACAUUUUAAACUCGCUCAUGUCGCCACAGCUUGCUGGUAUGACUGGACUUGUAGGUGAAGGUGGACUGUUUUCGCAAGCAGCUACUAGCGACGCAAUAGCUCGCGGUGGCAGUGCCACGGACGGAUUUUUGCUUCAUGAGGAACCGUCUGAUCUGCAAAUGCAAAUGCACCUUGCUAUGCAAGCCCAAAUGAAUCUUCACCGCCAGAUGCUCACGCGCAAAGUGGAAGUUGCACAACAUCUUGCUCAUCACAGCAGCGUGGGAUCAAUUGAUAGUAGCUUGGUUCCAAACAGAGGCGACCCGCAAGUUCCCUCCAGGGGAUAUAGUGAGUCUUGGUGCAAUGCUCAGCAGCUUCAGCACCAGCAGUAUCAACAUCAGCAACAACAGGACCACCAAAAACGAUAUCAGCAGCAAAUGAAUAUAUUAUCUCGGCCGUCUUUGUCCGCCGCAGCUGCGCAGGCAUCAGUGCCGACAGCAAGUGUGCGAACAGACAAACUUGUGGAAGCUCCAGCAACCAGCGAGGCAAUUGUAGUCUCAACAACAGCAGCUUCCAAUGGGUCUGCAGUGGCAGUUAGCAGUACAGCUGGAUUACCAGCGGAAAUGAAGGGUGACGAUGACGGGAUCGAUCUUUACCGUUGGGAUCGUAUUGAUCUGAACGUGGAGCUGGAUGACGACGAUCUAUUCGGCUUCCUGAAGUCGUAG